AUGAAGCGGCUGAAGGGUACGACAACAGCAGUUACUGAGUCUAUUGAACAGAGAGAGCUGGAUGCCAUCAUCGAUGAGCUUUUUCCGAAGCAUCACAAUGCGGAGGAUGGACGACCUGGACUACCUCCUAUUGAGGAUGCAGAAAACUGCGUCACAAUCGAUGAGAUCAAGGAUGCAAUGAAAGACAUCAAGAACCGUCGUUCAGCACCUGGUCCAGAUGGAAUUUCUAUGAGCGUGAUCUCGGUUAUGAUGGCUGUUGUUCCUGACCGGUACAUAAUUGCGGAUUACCUAAGAGACAGGUUUAUAACAUACAUGGAUUGUUACGGAGAACUGAAGAAGAAAAGAAUCACAUGUGGUGUCCCACAGGGAUCCGUGCUGGGUCUUCUUCUUUGGAACCUGGCGUAUGACCAGGUCUUGCGGCUACAGGUCCCUCUGUCUUGUCGUGUCUUCUGUUACGCCGAUGACACGACGGUGGCUGCUGGCAAGACAGAUAUUGACAAAGCUGUUGCAACAGUCAAUCGCGGUCUUGAAGCUGUCGAUAAAUUGGUGACUUCAAUGGGACUGAGAAUUGCUCCCGAGAAAACGGAAGUUGGAGUGACGAAAUGGUCCUUUAAGGAACACUUUGAAGCUAUGGUUAAAAAAGGCCAAAAAGUUGUGACUGCGCUUGCGCGCAUUAUGCCUAAUAUUGAAGGAUCUACUGAGAAAAGACGACGGCUCUAUCUGUAUGUUUUCCAGGCUGUUGUGCUGUAUGGAGCGCCUGUAUGGGCUGAGAAGUUGAUAAAAAACAAAAAAGCAGUGAUCCACUGCCGAACUGUGCAAAAGUUAAUUGCAAAUCGAGUAGUCAGUGGAUAUCGUACGAUUUCUGCGGAUGCUGUGCAACUUCUGGCUAGAGCCCCUCCUUUAGAGCUGUUGGCUGAGAUGCGGGCUAGAGUUUUUAAUAGUAUUCGAGCGAAUUGUACCCUGGAUUAUGCACAGAUAAGUAGUAUUGAGGCUGCCAAUAUGAGGGAAAAAUGGUACAGACAACUUUGUGUAGACCAUCUGUCUGGUAAAGCCACUAAAGAUGUGAUUCUUCCAGUUUUCGAGCAAUGGAUGUUAAGAAAGCACGGGUCCAUGACGUUCUAUCUCACUCAAAUGGUAACGGGACAUGGAUGCUUCAAUAGAUACCUGUAUAGGAUCGGUAAGGUCGAAUCGGAGCGCUGCUCCCAUUGUAGGUUAGAUGUUGACACCCUUAAACAUACCUGGGAGGAAUGUGGAAGCUGGCGGGAGGAGCGUGAGCUAUUGAGGCUCAAACUUGAGAUGGAUUCGGUCACGAUGAGAUCUGCGGUAGCUGUCAUGGUGAAGAGUCCUGAAGAAUGGAAUGCGGUCGUGCGCUUUGCUAAUAGAAUUUUAUUACAAAAAGGGGAAGCGGAACGUGAACGACAAGGACAAGUAGCACUGGCAAGAAGACAUAACAGGAGGAGGACGGUUGCAAUUCCGUCCACUGUCAAUACAUAG